AUGUCGCUCAACAUCCCCAACGCCCCUAACGCGGGUCUCUUCAAGGGGGGCUACAACAACUACGACUCCGAAGAUGGCGCCGUCCUCCGCAACAUCGACGCCUGCCGCGCUAUCGCCUCCACCGUCCAGACCUCCCUCGGUCCCUACGGCCGCAACAAGGUCGUCAUCAACCACCUCCAGAAGAUGAUCCUUACCUCGGACGCUGCCACCAUCCUCCGUGAACUCGACGUCGUCCACCCCGCCGCCAAGCUCCUCGUCAUGGCCUCUCAGCAACAAGAGGCCGAGAUGGGUGACGCCACCAACCUCGUCAUCGUCCUUGCCGGCGAGCUGCUCCGAAAAGCUGAGGACUUGCUGCGCAUGGGUCUCAAGGCCGCUGAUAUUGUCAUCGGCUACGAGAAGGCCCAAAAGUUCGCCCUCGAGACCCUCGAGGAGCUUGCUGUCGAUAAGGUCGAGGAUAUCCGUGAUCAGGAGGAGCUCAGCAAGGCCAUCAGCACCGUCAUUGCCAGCAAGCAGAACGGCAACGAGGAUUUCCUUGCUAAACUCGUCUCCGAAGCCGUCCUUGCCGUCCUGCCCAAGAACCCGGCCAACUUCAACGUCGACAACAUCCGCGUCGUCAAGAUCAUGGGUGGAAGUCUGGAUCAGAGCAGAGUUGUCAGGGGCAUGGUCUUCCCCAAGGAGCCCAACGGUUCGGUCAAGAAGGCCACCCGCGCCAAGGUCGGUGUGUACACCUGUCCCAUCGAUACCAGCCAGACGGAGACCAAGGGAACCGUUCUCCUGCACAACGCCAAGGAGAUGAUGGACUUCACCAAGGGCGAGGAGACUCAGCUCGAGGCCACCAUCAAGGAGCUAUACGACUCUGGCCUGCGCGUCGUUGUCUGCGGUGACCGAGUCGGCGACCUGGCCAUGCACUACCUUAACCGCUUCGGCAUUCUGUGCAUCCGAAUUCUCAGCAAGUUCGAGAUGCGACGAGUGUGCCGCGUCGUCGGCGCCACCCCCCUUGCCCGGUUAGGUGCUCCAAUGCCCGAUGAGAUGGGCAGCAUCGACGUUGUUGAGACUCUCGAGAUUGGCGGUGACCGAGUUACUGUGUUCCGACAGGAAGAUGAGGUUACCAGGACCGCCACCCUGGUCCUGCGUGGUGCUACCCAAAAUCAUCUCGACGACGUCGAGCGAGCUGUCGAUGAUGGUGUCAACGUUGUCAAGGCCAUCACACGAGAUCCCCGACUUGUACCUGGCGCUGGUGCCACAGAGGUUGAGCUGGUUGAGAGGAUACAGGCCCACGGCGAGAAGACCCCGGGUCUAAGCCAAUACGCCAUCAAGAAGUACGGUGAGGCCUUCGAGGUUGUGCCCCGUCUCAUCGCCGAGAGCGCUGGUCUGGACGCCACCGAGGUUCUGAGCAGACUGUAUGCUGCCCACCACAACAACGAGGACUGGGACACUGGUGUUGAUAUCGACAACGAUGAUGACACCGGCACUCUGGACGCCAAGGAUGAGGGUAUCCUCGAUCUUCUCAUUUCCAAGACCUGGGCCAUCAAGCUCGCUACCGAGGCUGCCCGAACAGUCCUCUCGGUCGACCAGAUCAUCGUGGCACGACAAGCUGGUGGACCAAAGCCUCCGGGCCCCAACCCUAACUGGGAUGAGGACUAA